AGGAGCUAAGCCUUUUUCUUUCUUUACUUUUUCCUCAGGGCUAGCAGUUCUCGAGAGACUGAAAGCUUUCAAAGUGAGCAAAUUUCUGUACACCUCACGAACUCACAAACCCACUGCUGAAAUGGAGGGAGCCCAGUUCACAAGGCUGAAUGAGUUGCUGAGAAUGUCGGACAUAGUUAUUGUGACGUGCACACUCACUCCGGAGACGACGGGGAUGUUCAACCGUGAGGCGUUUUCUCUUAUGAAGAAAACAGCUUCGUUCAUCAAUAUCAGCAGGUGCGACAUAGACGUACAGAACGAGCCGAUUCCGCGGUCGCUGCUCCUUCAAAAGAUAGUCGGCAAAGAUGCUUUAUUUUGCCUGCGCACGGAUAAGGUGGACGCGCAACUCUUGGAUGCCGCUGGUCCAGCUCUCAAGGUAGUGGGGACCAUGUCGGUUGGAUACGACCACAUCGAUGUGGAUGAAUGCCAAAAAAGACGGAUUUCAGUAGGUAAUACGCCGCACGAGCUGACAGAUUCAACGGCUGAGCUGGGAAUAGCCCUGCUUUUGGCGACGCGCAGACGACUUUUUGAGGCCCGCAGUCAGAUCGACAGCGGAGCGUGGGCAGCACAGACCUCCUGGAGCCCAAUGUGGAUGUGUGGCUCGGAAAUCCGGGGAACUACGGUCGGGUUUGUGGGCAUGGGAAACAUAGGCAAGUUUGGCAGCCAUUCUCGUGUUCCUCGAACUAAGUUAGCUUUCACCGACGCUUCACGGUGA